AUGGACCGCGUCAAGCGCGCGGGCAGCUACGGCAGCAGUUACAGCCCCUGGCAAAGGCACAGCGUUGCGUCACUUGAUAAGGUGCGUGCUCACCAACAACACACUGCGAGUUUCGUGGCGGCCACGCGACAAACGCCCGUGUUUGACUCUGUGUGUGCCUCGUCUGCUGCCCCUUCUGCUGCUGCGUCUGCAUUGUCCAUGAAACAGGAAGCUGAGCCGUGGAGCAGCUCGUCGAGGUUUGGGCUCGCCAACAUUCUCAACCGCACCGGCUCUAGCGCCUCGGGCCAUCACCCAAUGCCGCCUGCCUUCAGUCUCCCAUCGCUGCACGGGUUCGAGACACCGCAGCGGCCCGCGGCGAUCAAGCAAGAGAUGCCGGCAGCACUGCCGCCCUAUGAGGAGAACCACUACGUCUCUGCACGUACGCAGCAGCAUCACCCGCUGCAACGACGCAGCGUCCAGUCGUCUCCAGUUCGAGACUCGCCGUCGCCCGACUCGCGCCGGGUCGGGGAAGGAGCAGUGCAUGCCUGUGGAGAAGACGCGAGCCAGGACUCGGAAAACGCGAUCGUUGGAACGCGGGGCGGCACGAUCACCCGCGGGGGUCGCUGGUCGGCGGACGAACACGAACGCUUUCUCGAGGGGUUCCGCAUCCACGGACACAAGUGGAAGCGCGUGCAGCACGUGGUCCGCACACGGUCAGUGACUCAAGUGCGUACACACGCCCAGAAGUAUCUGUUGAAGGUGGCCAAGCUCAAAGCUGAAAAGAAGCAAAGCGGCAAGUCCGCCGAUAUGGCCACUGUGGCGACGGGGUACUCGAGCGGACCUGCCGCGCCAGUGUCACUUGAUGGCCGCGACACAGCUCCGUCGACACCCGAGCAAGGCGGUACCGCUGACAGCCCUCGCAAAACCCCGCAAGACAAAGUCCGACGGCUGGAUCAUGGCAGCUGCGACCCAGUCGAUCAAGAGUACAUUGCCGCUGCUGCGACAACGCUGUGUUUCCUCAUGAGCCAAAAGAUCGACUCGCUGUUUGACUCGAGACACGAGCUACAAGCGGAACAAGACGCCGCCGAGCACGAGCCAUACGACUGCUACGUGCCGCAGACAGUGGGUCAACUGGACGCAGAAUGCACUGCGUCUCGCAAGCGGUCGUUCAUGCAGAUUCUCGAUGACCAAGCGACUGGUGAGUACGUGUCAUCGUACGAUCCUGCCCACGGCGAUCCUUCGUCGUACACAAUUGAAGGCAACAAACUCUGCUCGUAA